CGAAGCUAAUAACCAAGAAAGCUAGCCAUCUAUUUUCAUUUCCAAACCAGCCCAGCACCACCAUGUGCUCGUUAGAGAAGCGCGGGAACAUCUUCUUCCUAAACUUAAACGGAGACGACGAGCACCGUUUAAACCCGACACUCAUAGCUUCUCUCCGUUCGGCUCUCUCCGAUGCCAAGUCGCAGUCCACUCGCGGCUCUGUAUUGAUCACCACAGCGCAAGGCAAGUACUUUUCCAACGGCAUGGACUUCAAGUGGGCCCAAGCCGCCGCUUCCGCUUCGGCCUCUAAAGCCAGGCCACUUCAAACAUUUCUGGAACUCUCGAUGCCGACCAUACCAGCCGUUACCGGCCACACUUCCGGCUCGGGGUUGAUUCUGGCGAUGAGCCACGACUACGUCCUCAUGAGGGGCGAUAGAGGUGUGCUCUACGCGAGUGAGCUCGACAUAGGGAUGACUAUACCGGACGACUACAUGGCAUUUCUGAGGUCAAAGGUGGUUUCGGUGGCGGCUCUCCGUCACCUGCUGUUGAGAGCCAGGAAGAUCAAGGCGGAGGAGGCCGUGGCUAUGGGGAUUGUACACUCGGCGCACGGUAGCGUGGAAGGCACGGUGGAGGCUGCGGUACGCCUCGGGGACGAAUUAGGCAAGAGGAAGUGGGAUGGCAAGGUGUAUGCAGAGAUACGGAAGGGGAUGUACCCGGAGAUACGUGACAUUUUUGGGUUGGAGAAGAACACCAUAGUUUCUAUCUCUUCACGUCUUUGAAAUAUCAAAAUGUGUUUUCUGUGUUUUAUUGCUUUGGUUGUGUUGUGGGUAUGCAAAGUAAAAUAAUAGUAUUUUUCAUAAACUCGUGAAUCAAGUCAAGCAUGCUUAAUUAUAAUGUAAAUUCGACUUAUCCUUUAA